AUGAAGCUUCAAGCAGCCCUGUUGGUGGCCCUUCUCGGCCUCACCACUGCAGACCCGACUUGGCCCGCUGAGACGGAUGAGCUUGAGGAGAUCAUGUUCCAGACGACGAGCACUCGCUCCCGCAAGUUUGCUGAUUCGGUCUCCCCUUGCACCAACCAGCCAUCCGGCCCCGGCCGUCACAACGCUGCCGAGUGGCUCCGCACCGCUUUUCAUGACAUGGCCACCGCCAAUACGGCCCGUGGUACUGGUGGUAUCGACGCUUCCCUCCAGUACGAGCUCAACAACGGCGAGAAUACCGGUCCUGGGUUCGGCACGACCCUCACCUUCAUGAGCCCCUACAUGACCAAGAAGAGUUCCAUGGCCGACCUCAUUGCCCUCGGCGUCUACAUAUCCGUAAGAGCGUGCGGCGGCCCCGCCGUUCCCUUCCGCGCCGGCAGGAGAGAUGCCACGACCGCCGGUGCCGUGGGCGUACCCCAACCGCAGAACGCCAUCAGUAUCUUCCGGACACAGUUUGACCGCAUGGGCUUCUCGCCACAAGAGAUGAUUCAGGUGACCGCGUGUGGCCAUACCAUUGGCGGCGUGCACUCGGCCGAGUUUCCAGAUAUCAUCCCAGCGGGCACCGCAACGAACGGGCAGAUUGCCCUCGACUCGAGCGUCGCCGUCUUUGACAACAAGAUUGUCACUGAGUACCUCGAUGGCACGACCCAGAACCCGCUCGUCGUGGGCCGUGCCGUCGGCCUCAACAAGCACUCCGACUUCAAGGUGUACAACUCGGAUCGCAAUGUCACCAUGCAGGCCAUGGCCUCGGCUGCCGCCUUCAACGAAGUCUGCAAGACGGUGCUGCAGAAGAUGAUCGACGUCGUGCCUCCCAGCGUCACCCUAACGGCACCUCUUGAGCCGUACCAGGUCAAGCCCGUCGGCCUGCAGCUGACGCUCUCUACGCAAGGCACCGUCAUCGAGCUGACAGGUUUCAUCCGCAUCCGCACCACCAAUGUGCCACUUACCUCUAUUGCAGGCCUGACCAUCAAUUACAAGGCACGCAACGGCGGCAACGACUGCGGAUCAAGCGGCUGCUCAUUUCCUCUUACUGUCCAAGGCGUCGGCCGCGGCCUCGACGACUCGUUCGCGUGGUUUCCCAUCGCCCGUAAUGUACCGCUCGCUAGUGGCAUCUCCUCUUUCACCGUCACAGAGCGCCGCACAGAUGGCACAAGUACAGUCUACGACAACAACGGCGCCUCAUAUCCCAUCCAGGACGCCGUCUUUCUGCAACGCUAUCAGAGCUGCCUUCUGCAGUCAUCCGGCGUGACGACUCUCACAGCCGCAGUCCGCAACGACCGUGCCGAGUUGCCCGUCCGCGCCAUCGUAUCCUACAAGACAACCCAGACCGGUAGCGUCGUGCCUGCCCUCAAUACCCUGACGCUCGAACUGACCCGCGGCCCUUGCAUCGGCCCCUAUACACUAUUUUCGGCAUCGACCACCAUACCUGGCGGCCGUAGCGUUGAGGCUACUUUUGAUAUUCUUAGCGGCGACCGCGUCGACGCCUUCAAGAAGGCCAAUAUCCUCGGCGGGACAUGCCAGUCUCGGCCUGUCAGUAACGUCUGCAACACACCAGUCAUUACCUCCGCCGUGCCUUCGGCCACCUCUACCACCAUGACGACGAUAUCCUCGCCCGCGCCUUCGAUAUACCGCCGCCAGACGAUGGGCUCCUAUACUCUUGUCUCCUGCUGGUCCGAGCCUCCUGCCGCCCGCGCCCUGACUGGCGCCUCCUUCGCCUAUGACGGCAUGACUCUCGACUCCUGCCUAUCCAACUGCACCGGCUUCAACUACUGGGGAACUGAAUACGGUCGCGAGUGCUACUGCGGCGACGCCCUCCACUCUGGGAGCGCCGCGGCACCACUUGCGGACUGCGGCAUGCCUUGCUCCGGCGACGGGACGCAAUACUGCGGAGGCGGCAACAGGAUCGAGCUUUACCGGACAACAGCCACAAAGACAAGCACGAGCACAACCGCCGCUCCUGGGCCGACGCGUGUGCCGAGUGUUGGCAGAUUCGUGCGUGUGGGAUGCCAGACAGACAAUACGGGCGCCAGGGCUCUGAGCGGCGCCACGACAGCAGGGGAUGAUAUGACACUGGACAAGUGUGCUGCUUUCUGCUCCGCAUUCAACUACUUUGGCACGGAUCCCGCGCCCGUAGAGGAGUGCAAUAUGAGGUGUGCAGGGAACCCUCUUCAGUUCUGCGGCGACGGGAACCGUCUCGAGCUGUACCGGGCAAGUGCUGCAUCGUCAGCAACGCUCGCAAGUUCAACCGCCGCCACCACGGGCGGCGCUGAGUCGAGCGUCAGGCUCAGCGAGGCCACGUCUUCUUCGAGUGCUCCAUCACCCACCGGCCCUUCGCCCGUUCCGACAGUUUCGCCCUUCACACUCGUCGGCUGCCAGGCAGAAGCGACGUCUGUCCCGCGUGCCCUGUCGGCAAAGUCGACGACGUCCAACUCGAUGACCCUGGCCGACUGCGCUGCAUUCUGUACGGGUUACCGCUACUUCGGCACAGAGUACGCGGCCGAGUGCUACUGCGGCAAUUCUCUCCAUGCCUCCUCCUCCGUCGCGCCCCUCGACGACUGCGCCAUGCCAUGCGCCGGCGACCCGCUCACGCACUGCGGCGGGCCCAACCGCCUCACCCUCUACGAGGACCCGGCUCGCGCCUCGACGCCGCCUCGCGAGCCCCGCCAGCCUGCAUUUGCGGGCGACUUUGUCUGGUUUGGGUGCCGUACCGAACCGGCGGGGGCCCGCGCGCUGUCGGGCAAGGAGCGCGCGGCGGACGACAUGACGAACGAGUCGUGCGCCGCGUUUUGCGAGGGCUUCGCCAUGUUCGGCACCGAGUACGGGCGCGAGUGCUUCUGCGGCGACGAGCUGCACGCCGGGGCCGCCGAGGCGCCCGAGGAGCAGUGCAGCAUGCUCUGCGCGGGGGCGGACGACGAAUUCUGCGGCAACGGCAACAGGCUCUCCGUUGCAAAGCACAUGGCUGCAUCUUGCCCCUCCGAGAUUUUGGAGUUGAAUGGAGUUGAAGGGUAA